AUGCCGAUGUUCGUCGUGAACACCAACAUGCCCCGUGCCUCCGUGCCGGACGGGCUCCUCUCGGAGCUCACCCAGCAGCUGGCGCAGGCCACGGGCAAGCCGGCCCAGUACAUCGCGGUGCACGUGGUCCUGGACCUGAUCAUGGCGUUCGGCGGCUCGAGUGAGCCGUGCGCGCUCUGCAGCUUGCACAGCAUCGGCAAGAUCGGCGGCGCGCAGAACCGCACCUCCAGCAAGCUGCUGUGCGGCCUGCUGUCCGAGCGCCUGCGCGUCAGCCCCCACAGGAUCUACAUCAACUACUAGGACAUGAAUGCGGCCAACGUGGGCUGGACC